UCUUCACGUGCCCUCUCUUCUGCAGCUCUCUGCUACUGUCCGUUUCUCUAUUCAAAUCUUAUCCCUUUCUCUUUUCUUUUCUUUUCUUUUCUUUUCGUUUCUUUUUCUUGGUCAGUGGUUGUUGUCUGCCCGUUAAAGCUCUCAAUCAAAGUAGUUUUGUUCGUUGGUUGGUAAAGCUGUAGCAAUAGUGAUAGCAUGGAAAACACUAAGCAAGUGGGUUCAUCUUCUUCCAUCACUUCGGACCUUUUUGGUCCAAAGGACUCCUCUUCUUCUUCUUCGUUAUCCUCCGGCCUCUUUGGCUCCAUUUUUCAGCCGCCAUCCUCGGUACCGGGGAGGAACUCUUCACACACUGGAAAUAUAGGAUCAUUUAGGAAGCAGGGUUCAGGAAAUCAAGCUGGGAAUGGCAAGCAUGGAACGCCAGAUAACAUAACUCAAGUCUGCAAUGGUGAAAGCAGCAAGGACAGGGGUUCCAUUUACCAUAAUGAAACUGUAGAGCCAUGCUAUUUCAGCUCAUCAAUCUACUAUGGUGGACAAGAAGUUUAUUCUCCAAACGCCCGGAACACGGAGUCUCAUCCUAUAGUGACUAUAAAGAAAGAUGGGGGAGAAGAUGAUCUGAACGGAAGCAAUUCAAACAGUGCUUCAAGAGGAAAUUGGUGGCAGGGGUCACUUUAUUACUAAAACUUUGCCUUCGAUGCAUGCACGUGAAAGGCUUACCUGCAAACUAAGGGAAGGUUUCACUAUCAUCUACUACAAUAUUAUGGAAUACAAGGUAGUAAUAUAGUUAAGUCAACACGGCCAGGACUCGCAAUGCUACAAGUGGUUUCUUUUGGUUUCUUUUCUUUUAGUAUCUUCCAGCUUUAGUCAAUCUGAGCAAAGUCUUCUAUGUAAGCUGAUUUUGUCUAAUGUCGAACACUGUUUCUUGUAUACAAGGCUUCUUGUUGCUGAACAGUGUUUCUGGCUUUCAGCCACCAGCAUGUGCCACUACCAUGGAAGGAUGUGCUCUGUUCUCUAAAUCAAUAAAUAAGAAUGAUGUUUUCAUAGUUGGUAUCAAA